AGAUUCCGAAUCAUUUGCAUAUUCACAAAGACAACAGAAGAGUCUCUGUGUCAGCCGUCAUGUUCAGGCCUAUACUAAUUCUUACAAUCCUUUCAUGUGUAUUGGCUUAUCACCAGUACCGUGAGCUUAAAUGCUCCACUCCAACAAACUCUAUCCGUGGAGGACCAGAUCGUGCUGAAUGUCAUUUGGUUUUGAAGGCUGAAGAGUUGGAAACUGGAAGACCUGUUCCAACUGGACUUGGAUGCUGGCAGGAAGACCAUGAUGGAGAGGAGCGUGAAUAUUGUGACAUUGUCUGUCCAAAAUCCCACACCGUCUUCAUCUCUUACAUCGAUCAAGGACAUCGUGCGUGCUUCAACUUUAUCACUUAUCAAGUUGAGAAACGAAACGACGAGCAUGUUCUCUGGCGUUCUGGAAAGUGCUUGAACUCUACUGUCAAUUACCGUAUCGGAUGCAAGUUCGACGAUCCAUUCGAGACCCAAUUCAAGUCCGACAACGAGAUCUUCGCUCAUCUCAGAGCUCGUGCCCGCAGAGUCUAGAUUUUUUUGACAUCUUGUUUUAAGUUUAAUUUAUUAUGUUUCUUAUUUUCUCUUUCUGAAAUGCAAUAUCUAUGCAAUACUAUGGUAAAAAUUGAUCAUUCAUCAGUAAAAAGUUAUGCAAUUAAA